CGUGUUACAGCUGUGUCUUCCGAUUGGCUCGGCUGGGCCAAUUUGAACGGCGUACGGAAGCCGCCGCGGUUCAUCCACGGCCGCGUUUUUUUUUCAUUCCCUCUCUUUGGCUCCCUCCUUCCGCGCGAGUCUCAGGAGAAGGCGCAGCGCAAGGCGCCGCUGCUGCCACCCGGGGCCCGCUCACCUUGCGCCAUGGACUGGCAGCCAGAUGAGCAGGGCCUGCAGCAGGUCCUGCAGCUGCUCAAAGACUCGCAGUCACCCAACACAGCCACGCAGCGCAUCGUACAGGACAAACUCAAACAACUGAACCAGUUUCCCGACUUCAACAACUACCUGAUCUUUGUUCUGACCAGACUCAAGUCGGAAGAUGAGCCAACUCGUUCCCUCAGUGGUCUCAUCCUCAAGAACAACGUGAAGGCACAUUACCAGAGCUUUCCGCCCCCUGUGGCCGACUUCAUCAAACAGGAGUGCCUCAACAACAUCGGCGACGCCUCCUCCCUCAUCCGCGCGACCAUAGGCAUUCUCAUCACCACCAUCGCUUCCAAGGGCGAGCUGCAGAUGUGGCCCGAGCUGCUGCCCCAGCUGUGCAACCUGCUCAACUCGGAGGAUUACAACACCUGUGAGGGAGCCUUCGGAGCCUUGCAGAAGAUCUGCGAAGACUCUUCUGAGCUCCUGGACAGUGAUGCCCUCAAUCGGCCGCUCAACAUCAUGAUCCCCAAGUUCUUACAGUUCUUCAAGCACUGCAGCCCAAAGAUCCGGUGGGUGUGGCUCCCCGGGGCACCCCCACCCCCCGCCCAGCCCCACCUGUGGCCACCCACUGAACCCCUUCCCCACUCCAGCGCCUUCGCCACCCUGGAGGAGGAGGCCUGCACAGAGCUGGUGCCGUAUCUCAGCUACAUCCUGGACACCCUUGUCUUCGCCUUCGGCAAGUACCAGCACAAGAACCUGCUCAUCCUCUACGAUGCCAUCGGCACCCUGGCCGACUCUGUGGGCCACCACCUCAACCAACCGGAAUACAUCCAGAAGCUGAUGCCCCCGCUGAUCCAGAAGUGGAAUGAGCUCAAGGAUGAAGACAAGGAUCUCUUCCCUCUGCUGGAGUGCCUGUCAUCGGUGGCCACUGCCCUGCAGAGCGGCUUCCUGCCCUACUGCGAGCCCGUCUACCAGCGCUGCGUCACCCUGGUGCAGAAGACUCUGGCCCAGGCCAUGAUGUACACCCAGCACCCUGAGCAGUACGAGGCCCCCGACAAGGACUUCAUGAUCGUGGCGCUGGACCUGCUCAGCGGCCUGGCCGAGGGCCUGGGCGGCCACGUGGAGCAGCUGGUGGCCCGCAGCAACAUCAUGACGCUGCUCUUCCAGUGCAUGCAGGACUCCAUGCCUGAGGUCCGGCAGAGCUCCUUCGCCCUCCUGGGAGAUCUCACCAAAGCCUGUUUCAUCCAUGUCAAGCCCUGUAUCGCCGAGUUCAUGCCCAUCCUGGGCACCAACCUGAACCCUGAGUUCAUCUCCGUCUGCAACAAUGCCACCUGGGCCAUCGGCGAGAUCUGCAUGCAGAUGGGGGCGGAGAUGCAGCCCUAUGUGCAGAUGGUCCUCAACAACCUGGUGGAGAUCAUCAACCGGCCCAACACGCCCAAGACGCUGCUGGAAAAUACAGCCAUCACCAUCGGCCGCCUGGGCUACGUGUGCCCGCAGGAGGUGGCGCCCAUGCUGCAGCAGUUCAUCCGGCCCUGGUGCACGUCCCUCAGGAAUAUCAGGGACAACGAGGAGAAGGAUUCAGCCUUCCGAGGCAUCUGCAUGAUGAUAGGCGUCAACCCCGGGGGCGUUGUGCAGGACUUUAUUUUCUUCUGCGACGCUGUAGCCUCCUGGGUGAGCCCGAAGGAUGACCUUCGGGACAUGUUUUAUAAGAUUCUCCACGGCUUCAAAGACCAAGUUGGGGAGGAGAACUGGCAGCAGUUCUCAGAGCAGUUUCCGCCUCUGCUCAAGGAGAGGCUGGCUGCCUUCUAUGGGGUCUAGACAAGCAUCACGACUGCCAGGUUUCUGUCUGCGUCGUUGGAGGGGUUGCUGGGGAGCGCGCUGCGUCCAGAAGUCGCCGUGCCCUGGUCGAGGGGGGUUAGGGAGGAGUGAGCGGGACCCAAAUCCAGACGCCUUCCCCGUCCACCUACCUGCCAUGGGUGUGUGUGGCCUGCCGGCCAGCGGGCAGGUGGGUGGGGUCUCCACACUCAUUCUACAAACAGGGGAGGGGGGGUGGGACUUCUUGGCAGCAAGGGCCCCUUGCUCUCAGUCGGGGUCACCUCAGGCAGCCCACUUGGGCCAGCCUCGCGGGAGGGAAGAUUCAACACGGCCGACCGAAUCCGGCUUAGGAUGAGGCAAGGGGAAAGCAGGCGGGGAGGGGGGUCCUUGUAGAGACACGUACACUCACAUGUACACACGUGGACACGCAUGUGCGGCACUGCAGCCAGCCAGGCUGGGCCAGCCGCCCCACCAUUUCCCCGACUGCAUGGAGACAGUAGAAUUAGCGAACCCCUGAGUUAACCCGUAAGGCCUUCCGUGUAACCUGCAUCUAGAGUUUAAGAAGCUUCUGCUGUUUUGCCGGAAUUGGUGAUUGGGGAGGGCUGGGUGGGUUGGGGGCCUCCGCGGGGACCCUGGGGCGGGGGAAGAGGAUGGCCGUCUCCAGGCCGCCCGAGUCAGCACGCGCACGCUUCGGACCUGCUCCGCACACUCCCUGCCAGCUCUGUGGCAGCCACGGCCUGUGUGUCCCCCCUCCUUGCUCUGUCCCAGCCAGAAGAGUGGGGACUGCCAGAGUGGCUGGGUCUGGCCAGAGGUUGCCCUUUCUCCCCCCACCACUGUGCUCCAGUGACUUUUGAAGACACUGGGCCAGGGCCUUUUUCCUGAAGAGAGCUGGGGGCGGCCACAGCUGCUGACCCCGACCCCCGCGUCUCUCCAUAAGCAAGUCUGUUUCAAGGGUAGCCCGUUCUCUGUGUUUCUGAGAGCCCUCGUCUCAGGUUCCAGCCUGAGUUUUAACUUGAGGGCCAGGGCUGGGGCGUUUAAUCGAUGGGGCCAGAGGAUGAAAGCUUAUGCUUUGCCAGCAAGAAGGAAAUCAAGUGUUUUGGAGGGGGAGAACGUGGUACACCCCCUGACCCCACUCUUUGUCCCUGGGGCUUCCUGUUCAUCGCGGCUCCCAGUGGGCUGCAGGACCCCACCAGACAGGGGCAUUGAUUCUAGGGGACCUUCUGGGAUGGGUUGGGGAUGCAGUCACGGCGUGGGAGGCACCCCUAGAGGGGGGGAGUGGUUACUUCCCAGUUGGCCUCAAAACUGAACUGGGCCCCGCAGCCCCCUUAGUGCUUUCCUUUUUCUUCUCCCCUACUUUUACUUCUCUGGGGGCCCCUUCGGGGGUCUUGUGGGCUUUGACUGGAUUCCUACAUCCCGGGGCUUGUUCUGUUCAUCCCUGCAGGGCCCUGGACCCAACCCCAUCAUAGCCCUGUGUCUUCCCCAGACAGGGUCAGGCCCUGCCUCUAUUCCGAGGGGCACUUGGUGCACAUUCCGUAAACUCCGCUGGCUUCCCUACCCUGUGAAACUCCAGCAGGUCUCUGGAAGCCAUUUGUUAAAAAAAAGAAAAAGAAAAAAAAAAGAAAAAAAUUAGGUACCAUUUAAUUUUCUGGUAAUCCAGUUCUUUGGAGCAUCCUCUGCUGGGUCUUGGGGUGUGUGGAUGGAUUGGGUGUCUGAUGGGAUUGGUAACCCCUUCCAUCCAGGAUGGGGGGCUCCAGCCACCUUCAGGGAAGGGGAGCCUGGUUCUAGUUUUCUUCUUUCUUUCCUUCUUUCUUUUUUUUUAAAAGAAAACUAUUUAAUUUUUUAAUUUAUUUUUGGUUGAUUUUUGCACAACGAAGUUUCAGCUUCUCAACCCUCUCCCCUGCCCAGGGCUGCGGACCCUGACUGGCCUCGAUCUGCAGUCCCUCUUUGUCCCACAUCCCUCCUUCCCCCUCACCCUCUUCCUCCUACGGGCUCCAGGGUCUGUCCAUCUGUUACUGUGCUGUGCUGGGGAUUGGCGCCGAGGCGGCGUGAGAUUCCACUUGUGUAGAACUUUGUUGAGUAAAGAUCAGUUUCUUGUGAAA